AUGUCUAAGGUUCUUGAUUUCAACGGUGAUAACGGUUUUUGUACCGGAGGGGUUCUCUAUCAAAAACCCAAGGAACUUAAUCUGUUGCUGUCUCUCGGGAGGCAUGUCGACAUGUAUUUCCCCUCUCGCAAGAGAUCUCGUGUCAGUGAAACCUUUAUCGUCUCUGAAGAACCCAAAAGCAUUCCAUCGAUUGAGAUUCUUCCCGACGAGUGCCUGUUUGAGGUUUUCAGGCGCCUUCCAGGAGGCCAAGAGAGGGGUGCGUGUGCCAGCGUAUCUAAACGUUGGCUCAUGCUCUUGAGUACUAUCUGCAAGGACGAAAUCUGCACAACACCUUAUAAUUUCACUCAAACACAUGAAUCUAAUGGCAAAUUGGAUUCUCAGAAGUCAACUGAACCCAAGGAAAAAGGAGAAGCCAUAAAUCUUGAUGAUGAAUGCCUAGAGUCUGACCCGCACGGCUUUCUCACGAGGUGCCUGGAAGGGAAGAAGGCCAGCGAUGUGAGAUUGGCCGCUAUUUCUGUGGGGACAGUUGGACGUGGUGGUCUCGGAAAGCUCUUGAUCAGGGGGAAUAAGUCCACAAGUAGACUAACAGAUUUUGGUCUGAAGGCCAUCUCACGUGGAUGCCCUUCUUUGAAAGUUCUUUCUCUGUGGAAUUUAUCCUCCGUCGGCGAUGAGGGGCUGUCCGCAAUUGCAACUGGCUGUCAUUCGCUGGAGAAGCUCGACCUCUGCCAUUGCCCGUCCAUCACAGACAAAGGCUUGAUUUCAAUCGCAAGGAACUGCCCGAAUCUUACAUCUGUUACGCUUGAAUCUUGCGCGAACAUUGGGAAUGAGAGCUUAAAAGCUCUUGGGCAAAGCUGCCGUAAUCUAAAAUCGAUUACCCUGAAAAACUGUAUGCUCGUUGGCGACCAGGGUAUUGCGGGCUUGUUUACUUCGGCUGGUAAUGUGCUCACAAAGGUGAAUUUGCAGUCACUUAACAUAAGUGACGUGUCUCUUGCUGUGGUCGGCCAUUAUGGGUCCGCCUUGGCUGAUCUGGCGCUUGCCGACCUCCAAAACGUGAACGAGAGGGGCUUUUGGGUCAUGGGCAAGGGCCAAGGUCUGCAAAAGCUGAAAUAUUUGUUCGUAGCGUCUUGCCUGGGAGUUUCUGAUAUGGUGCUUGAUGCUAUUGGUCAUGGCUGCCCGGAGUUGAAGACGGUUGCCCUCUUGAAGUGCCCGUUCGUGUCAGACAAUGGUUUGGUCACGUUUGCCAAGGCUGCUGGGUCUCUCGAGAGUCUUAAGCUUGAGGAAAUUCACAGGGUCACCCAGUUUGGUGUUUUUGGUGUGCUUGUAAACUGCAAUGGGAAACUAAAGGCACUUACUUUGGUCAAUUGUCUCGGGGUCAAAGACGUGCCGAUUCGAUUCUCUUUAACUACAUUUUGCAAUUCUCUCAGGUCGUUGACUGUUCGUAACUGUCCCGGCGUGGGGAAUUUCGGGUUAUCCGUGAUGGGUCAGUUGUGCCCUAGCCUGACCCAUGUGACUCUCGCGGGCCUCGAGGGAAUUACUGAUUCUGGGGUUUACCCGCUUUUUCAAAGGUCGAAGGCUGGCAUGGUGAAAGUAAAUCUGAACGGGUGUGUGAACCUGACUGACAGUAUCGUCUCUGAAAUUACUGAGAUUCACGGGGAGACUUUGGAGGUUCUGAAUCUCGAAGGUUGCAAGAAUAUAACUGAUGUGAGCUUGAUGGCAGUCGCAAAAAAUUGUUCUGUACUGUCUGAAUUGGAUAUUUCGCAUUGUGGAACAACAGAUUAUGGUAUUGGAAUUUUGGCUGGUGCUAAGCAGCUUGGAAUUCAGAUACUGUCCCUUGCGGGUUGCUCGUCGGUAUCGGGUAAGAGCCUGCCUUUCUUGGUAAAGCUGGGUAAGACCCUGUUUGGGUUGAACAUUCAGCAUUGCUCGGGAAUAAGCUCCAGUGCUGUUAAUCUCCUUAUUGAGAAGCUUUGGAGGUGUGACAUACUCUCUUGA